GUCACAGGGGGUCGGUUCGUCGCUCCACGACCUCUGUCGUCAGUCGGGGCGUGCGCUCGCUGGCCGGAGAGACACGACUGCAGCCCUCUACACUCUGCGUACGCGCAAGCUCGCGUUCCGUACCUCCGGCGCUUCGACUUUUUCUUCGCCUGCUCGCAUACCGCGCAGUGUUAUUACACACGCACGCACAGACGCACACAGAGUGGCCGCGUAACGGACAGCGAGUGUACAGAAGGACGCGACGUGUGAUGCCAGCGCCGGUGCAGUGCUCAGCUCCAUCAGCCGCUGCCCGAAGCUGUGCGAGGAGGAGGACGACGAUGCCAGUUGUCGUGGUGUGACAUAACGCUGCCGGAGGAAAGAAACGCCCGGGGAUCGGCGAUCGCCCUCUUCGAAGAUGCACGCGACGGCGCCGCUGCUGAAGAUCUCCUGGAUCAUCGCGAGUCAUCCUUCUUCCCAUGCCCGGAACAGACACUGACGAUAUGGACACAGUAUGGCUUCGGCACUCUGGCACGCCUCUGGGAGUAGUUUCGCCGCCUCGCACGCCCCCGUCUUCCUCCUGCUGCUGCUCCUGCUGCAGCCGCGCGCUACUACAGAGUGCGACCAGAGGUUCAUAAGCAUCCCCGACGGGCCGCAGAACGGCACCUUCCACGCGCCGAAUCUCAUCAACCCGGAGGGCGAGUCUCGGCAGUGCGUCUACACGUUCCUCGCUGGGCCUCACCAGCGCGUCGAGCUCGUCUUCAGCACCUUCGGCCUUCGCGGCUCUCCUCCCGAUGGAGCCGCUGUCGGAGAAUUACCCGCCUGUGUUCACGAGUAUAUGGACGUCUACACGGAGAUCCGGACGGACAACACGAGCAAGCUGAUAGAGACGCCGUUCGGGGGCAGAUACUGCGGACCGAUUCCGCCCCGUAAGAGGGUCAGCCUCUACCAGGGCAUAGCCCUCAGCUUUUAUACCGACAAGAAUGUCACGCUGCCGACUCUCUUCGACGGGCGUUACGCCUUCAUCAAUGCCUCCGAGUACGAGAUCGGCACGCCGGCGCCGAGCCUGCCGUGCUCGUUCACCGUCAACGCGGACGUCAAGCGCACGGGCAACAUACUCUCGCCCACCUAUCCGGGCACCUACCCGAAGGACCUCGUCUGCAGCUACCAGUUCAUCGGACAGCCGAGGCAGAGGGUCCGCCUCGAGUUCCGGGACUUUGACCUCUUCUUCGGCGGCCCCCACUGUCCCUUCGACUAUGUGAAAGUGUACGACGGCAUCAACAACACGUCUGCCGUGAUCGGCACGUACUGCGGCCAGCAGCGCAACCUCGUGCUCUACUCGUCCGAGUCGAGCCUGUUCGUCCUGUUCGUCACGCUCCAGCGCACCGCGAACACGCAGAACCGCGGCUUCCGCGGCAUCUUCGAGUUCUCCGAGAGCUUCGUCAAACUCGACUUCAUAACGAACUACGGGGGCGAGCACAUCCGCGGCACCGAGUGCGACCAGAAGAUCCUGAGCAAGAAGGAGUCGGUGGGCAACGUCGUCAGUCCGAACUUCCCCUACCCCUACAUCCCGAAGGUCGUCUGCCGCUACUUCAUCUACGGGAUGCAGGACUCGCAGCACCUCGAGCGCGUCAGGCUCGAGUUCUCGGUCUUCGUCAUACCCAAGGGCGAGGCCAAGGGAGAGUCGAGCUGCACCGACGGCUACUUGAAGCUGUACUUGAAGGGCCAGGAGGCGAGCGACUCCUACGACAAGUUCGACUACGAGCUCUGCGGCAAGGACAGCAACCCGGAGCACGUGGUCAGCGACGGGCCGAGACUCGUCAUGGUAUUCAGCAGCGGGGAACAGCAGGGCCGAGGUUUCAAGGCCAAGUACACCUUCGAGACGGAAUACAGGAUACCGGGAACGGCGGCCCCCGACGGCAGCUGCACCUUCACCUACCGGAGCGUCUCGCGCAAGCGCGGCGAGUUCAACUCGCCGCGAUACCCGAGCAAUUAUCCGAGCGACACGAAUUGCACCUAUCUCUUCUUGGCUACGCCCAACGAGCAGGUCACCCUCGUCUUCGACCACUUCAAGGUCCGGACGAAAAACUACAACGUCAGCGGCCACUACGGCGCCGAGUACUGCCAAGACGACUGGGUGGAGAUCUACAACAUGUACCGCGACGACACGGAGAAGCUGAUAGGCAGGUACUGCGGCAUGACGGCCCCCGGCCCCGUCGAGUCCACUCUCGGCGCUCUCGGCGUCAAGGUCAUCCUGCACACCGACUCCGACCUCGUCUACAGCGGCUUCAAGGCCCGCUACACCUUCGAGAACGCCAAGUCCAUUUUCGGAGACUGCGGAUCGAACAUCAGCAGCCUGCACUACGGCCUGAUAACCAGUCCGAAUUUCCCGAACAAGUACGAGGCGCCGCCAAAGAACGUUGCCAGCAAGACUUGCAACUGGUUCAUCAACGUCAGGCCGAACCACCAGAUUCUCCUCAACUUUGAGCUAUUCUCCGUCGAAGGAGAACAGUCGGCUCGAGGCUGUCCGGCAGCGGUGCUGCGCAUGUGGAUGUCGCCGCACAGCACACCCCUCGAGCUCUGCGGCGUGAAGGAGCCCGAGGAGAAGUGGAGCCACCUCUCCGACGACCACAACAUGCGACUGAGCUUCCUGUCGGCCGACAAGGCAGUGGGUCAGCAAGGUUUCCAGGCCGUCUGGACGGAGGUGACCCAGGACAGCGAGUGCAAGGGCGGCUUCCUCUGCGAGCGCAGUGGCUACUGCAUCGACGCCUCCCUCAAGUGCAACAACAUCAACAACUGCGGCCCCGAGGACAACUCCGACGAAGAGCACUGCAAGGUGCCCCCUCCGCCGGAGAACUACUACGCGCUGCCGGCCAGCAUCGCCUGCUUCUCGGUCCUGGUGCUGCUGUUGCUCUGCUUCCUCUGCCACCGUCGGCUGAGGCGUCGCCCGAGCCACGGCCACCACCACCACCACCACCACGAGCCGCACCACCACCAUCACCACCACCACGGCGCCGCCGCCGCCGCCCACCUCGACGACCUCCAGCAGCGCGUCGACGAGCGCACCGGGCGCUGCUUCCACCACCACCACCAUCACCACCACAGUCUGCUGCACCAGCAGCAGCAGCAGCAGCAGCAGCAGCCCUACAGGCCGAGUCUCCAGCAGACCCGGGGCAUGCACUCGACGGUCGACGACGACGAGGACGAGCUGGCCGACUACAGGGGUGGCUUGUCGCAGCAGCAGCAGCAGCAGCAGCAGCCCAGCCCGCCGAGCGACGACAGCGACGAGGCGGAGCUCGAGCUCGUGGGCGAUCGGGCCGAGGUGACCGGCUGCAUGGCCACCCGGGAGCGCAUCCAGGGCAUGGGCUGCAGCGACGAGAUGGACAACGACGAGGAGCAGCUCGCCGAGGAGCUCGCCAGCGACAGCAGCCCCGAGAGCUGCAACACCGUCAGGGGCGGCAUGCGCUGAUUGUCCGUCGACCUGCAGCAGCUGCUGCUGCGCUCCACCCGCGCUCCACCCGCGCUCCACCCGCGAAGUAUGACCUUAUACAAUGAUUCGCUCGUCCUUUCCGUGUAUAUCCGUGUAUGAUCGUAUACGUGUGCGUCCCGACCUAGAUAAUGUACUCAAACCUCGUCCUCUGAGCGCCACGUCGACGCGCUCAGAGCCGCAGCAUGACGUUUGACUCGCUCGAGGGGCUGGCUGUGUUGUGACACUCGCGCGUAUAAAAGCAUACUUUGUGUGUGUGUGUGUGUGUGUGUGUGUGUGCGCGCGUGUGUGUCCGUGGGUGUGUGAUUUUGAUCGACUGCGUGCGGAGGUAUAGCUAAUGUUCUACUCGUUGUUCACGCGCGAUUGCUUGUUACGUUAUAUAAAAAUAUAAUGCAACUCUGCGACGAUCGGCUCGGGCUCUUCUCCGCCCGGAGCUCUGGAGGACUCAUAUAAUAUUUUACGAGAGGGACGAGGAGAGUCCGAGCCGAGUUGGACUAAUUCAUUGCGCGGGAAGAACAAAGUCGAUAUGUGUACGAACCGUAAAUUAUGUAACUCUGUAGAUAGAGAAAAGAUGCAACGAGAGCCAAAAUCUCGUAUACAAUAUACUCAGUCGAGUCAACGGAUUACAUAUAUGUUUAGGAUGCAGGCCCUGACCGACUUUGUUAAAUAUUCGUAACGCCCUAUAUAAUGCGACCGCGUGUAAAAAUGGACAGGGACUCGUUCCGCGUCAGGAUUGGAUUUUUCAAGUAUAAUAGGCAUUACUAUAAACAGCUAUUACGAUAAAACGCAACGGGGACGGAGUAUGUGCAGGAUGGAACCUCACCAUUUUCAUAUUGUUUUAUAUAUACGACGCCUAUAACUUUUUGCACGGAUAUUUUUUCUACGCCGACGACGACUAAUCUACCGAUGAAUAUAAUAUAACUUGUUUACAUUGUACGGCAUCGCAUCGGGAUGUAUGACGUACACAAAAUUAAUAAUAGUUGUAAUAAUAAUCGCGUUUGUAUUAGAGAGGAAAAACAUGAGACACGCGUACAUAACACAGGGACGCCUCUAAUAUUAUAUGACGAUAUACGGGAAUUAGUUAUUUAACACACACACACACACACACACACACAGUAGCAGAAGUCGAGAGCUGAGAAAAUUGAGUAUUAUAAACAUACUAGGAUAUAUACAUAAAGAUGAAACUAAAAUGAAUUAAACUACGUAUAUUUAAAUAAACAUGAUAGUCAAGCUCGACUCUUCGUUUUCUAAUUCGAACGCGAUGCGAUGCGAACGCGCAGAAGAAUAAUAUAUAAAUAUAAAUAUUAUAUAAAGAGUGAAGUAUAAGAGUCGUAUAUAUAUAUAUAUAUAUAUAUAUAUAUAUAUAUAUAUAUAUAUAUGUGUGUGUGUGUGUAUGUAUAUGUUUGAACGAUAAGUCACUUGAUUUAUAACACGAAGAUUAAUGGAAGGAUUUGAAGGAGCAGAUGUUGACAUAAUGCAGAUUAUAUAUAACUUAUAUAUAUACAGUAUAUAUUCGUUAGAGAAAGAGAGAGAGAGAGAGAGAGAGAGCGAAAGAGAGUUGUGGUUUGUAGACAUUUCGGGGCACGGGUGAAUAAAAGUGAAUUAUUUAAAAAAACAGAAGGAUUUUAGAAGAGUGCGAUAAGGUAACGUACGCUUACAUUUGUAUACAAUUUUAACUAGCAGGUGCGAGAGUGAGGGGGCGACGAGUAAAAUUUAAUUUUCGCGGCGCACAGUUUAUAUUGCGACGAAUUGUUCGAAAUAAGAUACCACCAGCAUGUGAAAAAUCGCUGUAAAGAAAAUUAAAGGUCGCAAUAUGAGAUGUACUUAUACACGCCGGGAGAAAAAAGCAAAGUAAAUCACCCUAAAAAUUCUAAAGCCACCAGAAGGCGACGUACGCGACGUGCGAGAAAGUUCUAUAUACGUGUGUGCGAAAGUAGCAAUGUCGAAUAAUUACGAGUACGUGUGUGCAAUUUAAUGUCUGUUUGUGUCUGUCUGGGGCGGGAGGGGGAGGGGGAAGAAGAAAAAUAAUACUCACAAAUAUAUUUCACAUUAAACGCUGCCAUUGGAGCUAUACCAAAGUAUAUUCUAAACUAUGAUAUAAAUGAAUAAUUAAACGAUUAAAAUAUAAAUGAAUGAAUAAACAAUUGAACGGUAAAAAUUAAUGAAAAAUAUAAAGCAGAUGAAAAAAUAGUAAAAGAGACACGGUACACACACACACACACACACACACACACACAUAAUAUUUAGCGUGCGUUUCUUGUGCAGCGCGAUUCUCGUCGAAUCAAAAAGUUAGACACACAUCGCACUCAAAGGAAUUUCGUGUUCAGACUUCUACAGGUGUCGAUUCGAUCGUUUAUUACAGCCAGGAGAAUAAAUAUAAGGGGAAAAGUUUUGCUGUUCGUUCCUUUCCAAGGCGGGAAAGUGCCUGCGUCUGUUCACACACGUUUGUUUCCAGGGAGGCGAAGAUUUAAGCGAAUAUAAAGAAAAAGAACUAUAUAAUCACAUAACGAGAGGCGGGAGUGUUGAGAAAAAAAAAAGAAUCAAUAACCAAAAAAAUAUAUAUAUAUACGCAACCUUUCGCACAUUUUGUAAAAGUCUCGUCCGCCAGAUCAAACGGAGAAUCAUAAUAUUGUAAUAGCCAACGCAACAAACCAAUAUACGUGCGUUUAAAAUACUCUAACUAAAAGAACAAAAUCAAUGCUAGAAGAUCUGAGAAUAAUGAGAACAAACCAGCGUGUUCAUAGUUACCGAGUGUAAAUAUAUAACGUCUCGUAAUCAUGAUUUUUCUUUUGUUUUAUAACACUCGCGUACACGUGAAUUAGCGCUAAAGAGCAUCGACGAUCAGAACUAUAUGGGGGAGCGAGAUGCGCGCGACUAGGGAAAAUCGCAAAAUAACCCAAGUAUUAUUACGAGCAGUAUUAAAGUUUUUACGAUCCGACGAGAUGACGCGCGCGACUAUUUACGGAGGCCCAACGGCGCCGGCAUAUAUUAUUGCAAUACACACACGCUAUACUUUUUCAGGGUAUACGUAUAGACUCUCUUUUUUUCUGUGUAACUUUGCAGAAAGUAUCAUCUCUAGCUGGCAUUGUUCGAUCGCUUCUCUUUUGUCGUGCGUAGAAAUGCAGAAGUUUUACUUAUCGCUGGUUUAAGACAUGAUCGGGAGGAGACACGAUCCGUUUAUAGACUGACUCGAAAAUUGUCAGAUUCAAAAAUCAGCCGUCCCGAAUUCCAAACCUUUUGUUCCAUUCGUAAGAAUUAAAAUUCCAUUUUAUCAGCCGAGGAGAAAAGGAUAUAAAAUUGAAAAGAUUUCCCAACGGCGUCGGGUAUCCAUUGGAAAUGCGCAGGGCGUAGAGAUCGUAUAUUUAUACGGUGUGCGAAUAAGGGGCUCGAUCAUGCAUUUGCAAGUAUAAUAAACGAGAGGCCGCGUCCCUUCAACGUCAUUGACGCUCGACACGUAACACGUCUCAUGUAAUACGGAUAUCUCCGUGAAAAGCGAGCCCGGCGUUAUGCGAAAGAGAGAAGAAAUAAGCGUUAUAUUGAAUUGGUAUUUUAUACGUUCUAUCGCGCGCUCCAGUUUUUUCUUUCGUUCUCUAUCAAAAGUGAUACAAGCAUUACGCCACAUCCGCGAGUCGUUCCGAACCAAUGAACAAUGGAAAGUAACAAGCGCGCCCGAGGGGGAUGCGACCUAAAAAUCCGCGACGAAAUCGCGCGUCCAAUUGGAGAGAGAGAGAGAGAGAGAGAGAGAGAGAGAGAGAGGAGAUGCGGAAAAACUCGAGGGAAAUAAUGGCGCGACUUUUAAAAGAGUCGCGCACUCGGAAAUCCAGCCGCGUUGCGGCUGCAUAUAUAAGAGGCGCGGGGACGAUGGGAAUAUCAAUAUAAAAGAACGCGCAUGAUGCAGGGGCUGUGAAAAGUGGAAAAGGCCGGCUUUUUCCUGCGCCCUCUCGACGCGCGAGAUAUACAUAUAUGCACGAGGCGGAUGUGCGCUCUAACUCUUAAGCCUUUUCGUGGGAUGAGAUUCGCGAUGUACAUAUGGAAUUCUCGCGUCGAUAAUAGAGUGCGUUUCUUUGUGAACCUGACGCGCUUUUCGCUUGUUUAUCGACGCUUUUUACGCAGGACGACUAACUUAAUUUUAAUCCAACCGUUUUACAAUAUUCAGAUGAAAAUUUUAUCGUCUAGUCGCUUGUGCAAAGGCGAGAGAAUAAACUCUAACUCUACAUAAAAAUUCAGAAAUCCUAAUCGAUUAAAGACGCUGUCACACUACACGUAGCGCGGCUGAGCUAGAAAUUCAAGUCUGAUGGGGACAGUUUUUUUUAAUAAUUCAUCCAUCGUAAUCGUAUAACUUUGUAUAACCAUAUAACGAAAUUAUUUCCAUUUGACGUACACUAUAUAUUUUUUUAAACUCGACUAUAUAAUAUGUAAACUUUAGUUAGUCCGUUCAAUCUUCCGAGCAAUCAACUAGCCAUUUAUUAUCCUGGAUAAAAGAGACGUAAAACGAGACGAGAGGCGAUUUAAACAUUAACAUUAGACUUAAACGUGUAAAGGAAAACCUUCGAUACCUAUAUAUAACAAAAAUAAUACUAUAUAAUAAUAACUUUUUAAGAAAACGUUUCCUAUAUAUUUUAAGAGAUAACGAAACGACAAAACAAAGCAUUAUAAUUAUAUCCAAUUCGACGUAGUGCGAAUCGCAAUAAUCACACCCGGAUUGUUAAGAAACGAUGACCAUCAGGGAGGGAAAAAAAACUGCGAAAUUGAAAUACACAGCUGCCAGGACCUCGUGUAGCCGUAGAACGGCUCCGAGAUCCAUAAAAAAAAAAUAAUGAAAGGGUUUGAAACAUUGAGCUGACACACUGUGCAGACGAAGACGCGUACAUAGGCACGUAAGGACGAUCAUCCCUUUUGUAGUUUUUAGUACGGAGAAUCACAACGACGCUCUCAUUAUAUACGAUUAUAUAUAAAAGAUGAGAAACCAAGUAUAUUAACAAGAAUACACGAAGUAUAAACCAAAGAAAUAAUGAAAAAACAAAUGAAAAAAAAAAAAAACUAAACAUAGGCGUACAUGGUAAAAUAUUACGCAA